AACGCCGGAAUGGAAUGAAAAUUAUUAAAAAUGCUGUUUGUUUAACAGUUUUACCAUUCAUGUGACUAAAAAAUGACGGAAAGUAACAACAACUACACCAAUACAGUUCGAGAUUAAGACUAGCCUAAAAAUAGUACCUUAUACUCUGAAAUUAGAAGAAGUACCCUACCGUAACGGUCGUGUACACAAUAGCACGGUUUAGAGAGAUUCAGAAGGCUUGAAGCCGACUCUCUUUCAACCGCCAACGAUAUAAGAGCCAUUAAUAUUCAUCUAUUAUGAACGUUGGUCGUUAGGACUUGAAGAAAAUAAAAGUUUCUUUAAUACUCAAAAGAAAUAAAACUUUUUUAAACUUGCACAUAAAAUGGCUUUACCACCAAACUACAAACAAGUAGCAAUGGCUACAUCAAACAUCGUUGCAUCGAAUCAACGUCUUAGAGCUUCUGGUGGAAGUAGUAACAGCUCAACAAAUAGCAAAGAUACACCAAACCCAUUUGUACAAACACCUCAUAGCCAUCCAGGAUUUACACCACAAAAAGUUGGAAAAAAUACAAAUGCUGACUCGCGUAUGCCGAAACCACCUAAGCCACCAGAGAAACCUCUUAUGCCUUAUAUGAGAUAUAGUAGAAAAGUAUGGGACCAAGUGAAAGCUCAGAAUCCAGAAUUAAAAUUAUGGGAAAUUGGGAAAAUUAUUGGUCAAAUGUGGAGAGACCUACCAGAAGAAGACAAAACAGAGUUUAUUGAAAUGUAUGAAGCAGAAAAGGUUGAGUAUGAAAAAAGCUUAAAAACUUAUCAUAAUUCACCUGCAUACUUAGCUUACAUUGCUGCCAAAAAUAGAGGAAAAUCUGCAAUGUGUGCUGCACAACAAAGUAAUGAUGAUCGAGAGAGUCAUGAACGUUCAUCAGUUAGUACUAAAGGUCAGACAGCUCAGGAUAGAAGAAUAGACAUCUUACCUGCAGAAGAUGAUGAUGAUCAAGACGAUGGAUAUUCAGUGAAACAUGUUGCAUAUUCUCGAUAUACCCGAAAUCAUCGUCUUAUUAAUGAAAUAUUUAGUGAUACAGUAGUUCCUGAUGUUCGCUCUGUUGUUACUACACACCGUAUGCAAGUAUUACGACGCCAAGUACAAUCAUUAACAAUGCAUCAGAAAAAGCUUGAAGCUGAAUUACAACAAAUAGAAGAAAAAUUUGAAGCGAAGAAACGUAAAUUUAUUGAAACAAGUGAAAUAUUUCAAGAAGAAUUGAAAAAACACUGUAAACCUGCAGUAGACGAAGACACAUUUAACAAAAUGGUAGAACGACAGUAUGAAGCUCUUAGACGAGAUAGAUUAAAAGGAACAGAAGAAAAUCGUUCAGACGGACCAGCAUCAAGUGAAUCAACACCAAACUCAACACCUACUCCAACGCCUGCUCCUGUCAAUGAUGAAACUCAAUCCGAUGUUCCUGAAAACGAAGCACUAGAUAAAAAACCGAAUGGGACUGAAAAGACUACAAAUGAAAUAAAGAAAGAAGCAUCUUCUCCACCAUACACUGAAAAUAAACCUGAACCUCCGCUAGUUCAGGGAAAUUUGAAUCAACACGCAUCCAAUUCUGGAAUGUAUUGUGGGACUGUUAGUCCAAUACAACAGCAGCAACAAACGCCGCCACCACCAUCAUUACAACAACAGCAGCAGCAGCAACAACAACAGCAGCAGCAGCAGCAGCAGCAACCACCGCCUUCACAACCACCACAACAGCCACUACCUCAGUCUCAUCAACAACAUCCACAACAAUCAGUUCCGCAGCCGCAACAAUCUCCUUUACAGCAACCACAGUCUACUACUACGGCAACAGCAGCGCCAGCUAAUAUGAAUUCAAGUGUACCUGUUAAUACAAGUGCAACUGCAAAUGCACCAACUAUGCCUCCAGUUUCUUCGCCAGCUCCACCUGUGCAACAUACUCCUCACCAACAAGGAAUGCUCGCCAAUCAUUCGAUGCCACCACAUCAAGGAGGACAAGGAACCCAAGGAACACAGGUGCUUCCACCUCAAGGACCUGUUUCUAAUCCACAUACCCCUCAGAUGAUUCCACCAAAUCAAGGCUAUGGUCAACAAUAUCAACCAGGACCAACCCAACAAGCUCAGAAUGUUCCGUUAGCUCCAAGACCUCCGCAUCCAUCUUAUACUUAUUCACAGCAGCAACCGUACCAUCAGCCGUACCCUCAAUAUGCACAUCCAUAUUACCAUCAACCAUAUUCACAGUACUCGCCACACGCUAUGGGUCGUCCUCAUGCCCAUGGCCCUCAUAGCCCGCACAGUCCACAUUAUCAUCCACAAUCUCCUCAUGCCGUCGGAGAAAAUAAUACUGCUAAUAACAGUGUACCUGGUUUAAACACUGCUUCUGCACCAACAUCCGAUGCUAAUAAUUCAUCUUACUCCCCGGCAUCAGGACAUUGCGAAAACGAACGUUCUGUUCCCUCAGAGAAUCAAGAAAGCCAAGUAGAUAUUAAAUCAGGUUCUGGUUAAUUUUUCUUUUUUUAAUAAUCACAUGUCUAUUUAUAGAAUUCCUUUGAAUUUAUGUAAACUGUAAAACUACAUUCAAACAAUAUCAAUGCAUUUAAUCAGUUACAAUAAGAAUUGUCAAGUUCAUCCAGUUUGUACAAUAAAAAUGCAUUAUUAAUCUUCUUUUUA